UUUUUGUUCCCGCGUUUGAAAUCACGGUUUGAAAAUGUUAUUGUUUUUUUCUUGACAUGAAGCUGUUAUUGUGAUUUGUUAAUUACUACCCACGAUUAUCUGUGAUGGAUCUUAAUCGGUUGUUUCAUUUAAGGCCUGAAGAUCCUCUAAGUCUUAAGGAAUUGAUGUCAAUAUUGCAUCCUACACAGGAAAUUGACCAUAAGUUACUGAAUUUACAUCUUGUUGGAAUUUUAACAGGAACUGAAUCUCAACUCUUUAAAAAUAUCGAUGGUUUUAUUUAUCCUGAAGAUGGGAUAAGUUUAAAAAAUGAAACUGAAAUAUGCUCAAAAUCUGUUUUGUCCAACUAUUCACAACUUGCAAGCCGAGUGUAUUUUCUUCUUGACUCGAUUAAUAAAUGCCUCAUAAACGAAGAUGACAAUGUGCUAACGAGGAUUUCAUACUCGUUAACGCUUAGAGAUAUUCUCAAUCAAUGCUUUGAAAAACUGUUAUUGGACUCGCAACAACUAACUAUGCCUGUCAACUACUUCUCAGAUUAUUUAAACGGCAAGAAAAGUGGUUUUCUGGCGGUAAAGCUGAAUACUCUCUAUGAAAUUGGCAUGGCUUUAAGUGAUGGUUCUGACUGUUCGAGUAAAAUAUUAAAUAUUCUAAUGGAUUUUAUUUACUUGGAUCGAAUUCACGAAUUCAAUAUUGUAUCACAGCUGUUGAUCUCUUCCAUUCGGCCCUGUUUGGAUUAUAUCGAAUCUCUUUUGACGAACGGCAUUGUAAAAGACUGUCGAGGUGAAUUUUUUUUCCAAACCAAUUGUGACUGUGAUCCUGAUCAUUUCUGGUCUGAUGUUUUGCAAUUUGACGAUACAAAUCCAGUUCCUGUCAUUUUUAAUUCUUCUUGGGAAUAUCUUUGCAUGGGAAUAAAAUCCAGAUUAUUAAUCAACAUUUUUGAACAAAGAAAUCGUACAAUCAAAAUCGACUAUCCAAGAGGCUGUUUAUUUGAACACUUUUUACGUCACUUGAAGCAAAUAUACCAUAUAGUAUCUAACGAUAACAUCAAUCACAUCAAAUCCACCAAGAAAAAGAACCACUUAAAAUUACGCUUGGAUAUGUAUGAAGAAUUAUUUCCAUUAAAUUAUGAAUUCUUAACUAUUGAUGAUAAAUUGGAAAGCGAUGUUGAAGAUCUAAACUUCAGUUCUAUCGAGAAUAUGGCAACCGAAUCUUUUCUUCCUAGUGAUUAUACCCGUCAUGGUAUUCCAUUUGAAAUUGCUUUGCAAAAAAGUUUAACAGCAACCUUGAAAACGUUCAUCGAUCCUAUCAGUCAAUGGUUAAUUGAACACUCUCAUAAUUCCUAUCAACUUCAUUUGAAUAUUUUCAAUGACUAUUAUCUGCUUCAACGAUCCAAUCCUGAGAUGAGACUUUAUUUCGAGGCCUUGUUUUCAGAUAUUACCGAAGGCUGCACCAAACCUGAAAGUGCCCUCAAUUGGCAUUAUUAUACAUUCACUGAACAUGAUGUGACAGCAUUUCUUUCCCAACAACGUCUUAAUGGAAAAAAAGUUAAAAAUCUUACAAUAAUAGAAAACAUUCAUCUCAUUUAUGAAGAAAUGGAUUGGACUUCUCGAGCUAUCAUCAACAACAAUUCAAAAAUGAUUUAUGACAAAGCUUUCCAAUUUUUGCUGUUAUUAACUUAUUGUCGCUGGAUUUUAGACAAUCUCAGGCUUCCUAGGAAUAUAAAACAACGUACUUUAUGUUAUGCUCACAAGUUAUAUCUCAUUCGCCAUCGUUUACUGCUUACAGCAAAUAAUUUGUACAAUUUCAUCAUGAACAAUGUUCAUCAACAGGUUAUUCUUUUGUAUAAAAGCUUAGACACUGCUUGUGACUAUCAAGAUUUAAAAAAUUCAUUUGUAAAGUUCAUCAGGCGAAUUGAGCUCAUCACUAUGCAAAGGAGUGACAGCAAUUCCAAAGUUGUUCGCACAAUGGUUCGUAAAUUUGUCCAGCUGGUUGACUCGGUAGCAACAAUUUGGUCUAAUCCAGAUUUGGAAUCAUGUGAAUUACCUGAAAAAAGUGAGAUUGAAAAUUUCGAAAAAGGAUUUAAAAUUUAUUUAUACAAUAUUGCAUUCAUUGAUGAUCAUAUCAUAUUAAAAAGUUGAAAUUGUUUUAAAAAAUGAAAAUAAAAAUUAAUUUUUAUGUUUAUA